AUGGAUCGAUCGAGAAGUACAAAGCGCGCCUUGUUGCCAAGGGAUCGCAAUCACCAAGUGUUUCGACUGGCCACUGGACCAACUCGAUGUGGUGACAGCCUUUCUCUACGGAGUGAUGAAGUAGAAGGUGUACUGCGUGCUGGUGAAGGAACGGUCUCAAGCAAGCUUCGCGUGUGUAAAAAAGACUUCGACGAGUUCGUAUGCUUCAUCGGUUUCGAAGUGUCGGCAUUCGACCCAUGUCGAUGCAUCAAGGUGGUCGAUGGUCACUGUGUGCUCGUGCUGGUUCAGGUGGAUGACGUGUUGUUGAACGGCAUAUCGCUCGAGUUGAUUGCGCACACGAAGGUCGAUCUCAAGACGCGCUUCGAGAUGACCGACCGUGGCAAGUAUACUUCUGUACUGGACAUCGAACUGGUGGAUGGAUUGGAUGGUAGCGUGACGAUGUGCCAGCGGCGGUAUUUCAACGACAUCCUUAAGCGUUUCGGCAUGUAUGAGUGUAAGGCCACAGCAAGUCCGGUCGAUUCAGGCACUCGGCGUGUCGCAAGCAGUGAAGCGGUCAAGAUCGAUGUUCCGUUUCGUGAAGCUGUGGGAGCUUGA